AUGUAAAUAAUGAAAAUGGCUAAGAAAGAGAGAGAGCAAAAGGUCAACCAAAUGGAGGAGAAAAGCAGAUGUAAGGUGUGUGUAACAGGAGGUGCAGGGUACAUAGGUUCUUCACUUGUAAAAAAACUUUUGGACAAAGGUUACUCGGUUCACGCUACUCUCAGGAAUUUGGAGGAUGAGUCAAAGGUGGGGCUAUUGAAGAGCUUCAUUGGUGCAGAUAAAAGACUAAAGUUAUUUGAAGCUGACAUUUAUAAACCAGAGGAAUUUGAGAAAGCUGUUCAAGGCUGUGAAUUUGUUUUCCAUGUUGCCACCCCUUUGUUGCAUUCUGAAGGAUUUCAGUACAAAAAUAGAAUUGAGGCUACAGUUGAUGCAGUGAAGAAAAUUGGAAUGGCUUGUCUUAAAUCUGGGACAGUGAGGAGAUUUAUCUAUACUGCCUCAGUGGUAGCUGCUUCUCCAAUGAAGGAAGAUGGAAGUGGUUUCAAUGAUUUGAUGGAUGAAACAUGUUGGACACCUCUUAAUUUCUCAAAUCCUUAUACCCAACAGUAUCUUAAGGAUUAUGUAGAGUCAAAGAUGCUAGCUGAAAAAGAGAUGCUGAACUUUGGAAAGGAGGGUUUGGAGGUGGUGACAUUGGGUUGUGGCCUUGUGGGUGGAGAUACUUAUUUACCUUAUAUCCCAUCAAGUAGUGCCAUAUUCUUGUCAGUGUUCACUCAAGAAGAGAUUCUUUACCAUUCACUCAAGUUUUUAGAGGAGCUUAUUGGAAAAGUUCCAAUUGUGCAUAUUGAAGAUGUAUGUGAAGCUCAUUUGUUCUCCAUGAAACCUGCUUCUAUCAAUGGUCGUUUCUUGUGUGCUAGCUCCUUUGUUUCUACUGCGGAGAUUGGCAGUUACUACCAGCAGAAUUAUCCAGAGUUUAAUGUCAACCAACAGUGCUUGAAUGACCCCAAGAGAGAAAUCAAGUGGGGAUCGAAAAAGCUUGAUGAGAAAGGUUUCGUGUACAAAUAUGGAAUGAAGGAGAUACUUGAUGAUUGCGUUAGUUGUGCAAGGAAGAAUGGCAUUUUAUAGUAAUGAAGUACCUCAUGCAUCUUAAAGUUUCAUAUUUAAAGCGAGUUUUCAAGAAGCUGCUAUAAAUUUGAGAGAUGAUUUUUUAUAGUUCAUUUUAAAUGUUAUUUUGGUAAUAUGAUCUUUAUCACAUGA